GACCCAGCUGUGUGCACCUCAGGCGCGUAAGCUACGGGCGGCCAAGUCCAGCCGGUCUCUCCCACAGCUGAGGGCCGAAACAGGCCGGCCAGUCAGACUUUCUGUUUGGGUGUUUUCCAUGCUUCAUCAUGUUGAGGGCUAAGACUCGGCUUUUCAUGUGUUCACCUCAUCACCUGAAGCAGCUAAAAGAAUCAUCAGACUCCAGGCUUAUAUGGCAGCGACUUCUGCACCAGCAAUUGCCUCUUCACCCAGAAUGGGCUGCUCUGGCUAAAAAGCAGCUGAAAGGCAAAAACCCAGAAGACCUAAUAUGGCACACUCCAGAAGGGCUCUCCAUAAAGCCCUUAUAUUCCAGUAGGGAUACCAAGGACUUGCCUGAAGAACUUCCAGGAGUGAAGCCGUUCACGUGGGGACCAUAUCCUACUAUGUACACCUUUAGGCCCUGGACCAUCCGUCAGUAUGCUGGUUUUAGUACUGUGGAAGAGAGCAAUAAGUUCUAUAAGGACAAUAUUAAAGCUGGUCAACAGGGAUUAUCCGUUGCCUUUGAUCUGGCAACACAUCGUGGCUAUGAUUCAGACAACCCUCGAGUUCGUGGUGAUGUUGGAAUGGCUGGAGUUGCUAUUGACACUGUGGAAGAUACUAAAAUUCUCUUUGAUGAAAUUCCUUUAGAAAAAAUGUCAGUUUCCAUGACCAUGAAUGGAGCAGUUAUUCCAAUCCUUGCAAAUUUUAUAGUAACUGGAGAAGAGCAAGGCGUACCUAAAGAACAACUUACUGGUACAAUCCAAAAUGAUAUACUAAAGGAGUUUAUGGUCAGAAAUACUUACAUUUUUCCUCCAGAACCAUCCAUGAAAAUUAUUGCAGACAUUUUCCAGUAUACAGCAAAGCACAUGCCAAAAUUUAAUUCAAUUUCAAUUAGUGGUUACCAUAUGCAAGAGGCAGGGGCUGAUGCCAUUCUGGAACUCGCCUAUACUAUAGCAGAUGGACUGGAGUAUUGUAGAACUGGACUCCAAGCAGGCCUGACAAUUGAUGAGUUUGCACCAAGGUUGUCUUUCUUCUGGGGAAUUGGGAUGAACUUCUAUAUGGAAAUUGCAAAAAUGAGAGCUGGGAGAAAACUCUGGUCUCACUUAAUAGAGAAAAUGUUUCAGCCUAAAAACUCUAAAUCUCUUCUUCUGAGAGCACAUUGUCAGACAUCAGGAUGGUCACUUACUGAGCAGGAUCCUUAUAAUAACAUUAUUCGUACCACAGUGGAAGCAAUGGCAGCAGUGUUUGGAGGGACUCAGUCUUUGCACACAAAUUCUUUUGAUGAAGCCUUGGGUUUGCCAACGGUGAAAAGUGCUCGAAUUGCCAGGAACACACAAAUCAUCAUUCAGGAAGAAUCUGGGAUUCCCAAAGUGGCUGAUCCUUGGGGAGGUUCAUAUAUGAUGGAGUCACUUACAAAUGAUGUUUGUGAUGCUGCCUUGAAGCUCAUUAAUGAAAUUGAAGAGCUGGGUGGGAUGGCCAAAGCUGUAGCAGAGGGAAUACCUAAACUUCAAAUUGAACAAUGUGCUGCCCGAAAACAAGCUAGAAUAGACUCUGGUUCUGAGGUAAUUGUUGGAGUAAAUAAGUACCAGUUGGAAAAAGAAGAAUCUGUGGAUGUUCUCGCUAUUGACAAUACUUCAGUGCGUAACAAGCAGAUUGAAAAACUUAAGAAGGUUAAAUCCAGCAGGGAUCAAGUUGUGGCUGCGAGGUGUCUCUCUGCCCUGACUGAGUGUGCUGCCAGUGGCGAUGGGAAUAUUCUGGCUCUUGCAGUGGAUGCAGCUCGUGCAAGAUGUACAGUUGGAGAAAUCACAGAUGCCAUGAAAAAGAUAUUUGGUGAACAUAAAGCUAGUGAUCGUAUGGUGAGUGGAGCCUAUCGCCAGGAAUUUGGAGAAAGUAAAGAGAUAUCAUUUGCUAUUAAGAGGGUUAAUAAAUUCAUGGAACAUGAAGGUCGUAGACCUCGCCUUCUUGUGGCAAAAAUGGGACAAGAUGGACAUGAUAGAGGAGCAAAAGUUAUUGCUACAGGAUUUGCUGAUCUUGGUUUUGAUGUGGACAUAGGUCCUCUUUUUCAGACUCCCCGGGAAGUGGCCCAGCAGGCUGUAGAUGCAGAUGUGCAUGCCGUGGGUGUAAGCACACUUGCUGCUGGUCAUAAAACCCUGGUUCCUGAGCUCAUCAAAGAACUUAACUCUCUGGGACGGCCAGACAUUCUUGUCAUGUGUGGAGGGGUGAUACCACCACAGGAUUAUGAAUUUCUGUUUGAAGUUGGUGUUUCCAAUGUAUUUGGUCCUGGGACUCGAAUUCCAAAGGCUGCCGUUCAAGUGCUUGAUGAUAUUGAGAAGUGUUUGGAAAAGAAGCAGCAAUCUAUGUAACAUCCUGUUUUUGUUUUAGCUUUUUUCUAAAGAACUCUUCCAAUGAUGAUCAAAAAAGAGAGGGAAGCCAUGUUUUCAAUUUAAUUCAACACCUGAUACAUGCUUUCUUGAAAGCUUUACAUUAAAAAUACCUGACUUAAAAGCAUAUUGGCAUGCUGUAAGAAUGUAUGUGCAGCUUCACUUUAGAAGUUAAAAAGAAAUUAUCCUUAAAAACUCUCUCUAACACAUACUUUAUCAGAAACUCUAGAUAAAGGUAUUUAAAAA